AGCAAAGAUGAUCCCACGCAUUCGCAAACAACUCAAACGAAGAUCUUUCUUGGGAAGCAAGAAUCCUCCAAGUACGGCGCGGAAUAGCUUAGAUCCGAUCACCCCUUCUCCUCUCCUCUCUCUUCCCCGUGAAAUCCGCGAUACAAUUCUCGAACUCGUCAUAUCCUCUUCCCGAGCACCUCCGCAAGAUACUAGUGAGGCGGAGCCUCGAUCGCCCUCAGCUACAGAAUGGCAAGCAGAAGAAAUAUCCGGCUUCGACGCCUGGUAUCAUAGCCGAACGCCAUUGUACUUUGAACCGCGCGUUUACAUCUCCAACAGCGCCCCUCUGCUCCUCGUAAACCACCAAGUCUCCUCCGAGACCGCUGCUGCGCUCGCUCGGCUCAAUCUUCCGUACGAGCUCGAUGUAAUCUUUUCCAACGAGAACUCGCUAUGGCCCAGCUGGUUGUCCGUCCCCAGGCUCUCCAACCAGCUCGAUCAGGUGAAUGUUACGUUCCGGAUCUGUGGUUCCGAAAAGAUUCUACCCAAAUGGAUGAGUGGAUGGGGUCAAGGGAACGGCGCGCCACCUUGGCUAAUGUGGCUCUUCUAUUACCUGCUGGAAUAUGUGCUGAGGCGCGGACCUGUGCCGCAUACCGAUUCGUCUGUUGAUCGGGAAGUCACCAUCAAGAAUCUGGAUCUAAAUUUCGUCGGCAAGAACGACAAGGAAGAAAUCUACGGCGAGACUGCUCGCCCUAUUGGGGAGAAUUGGAAGCACACGCGGUACUACAACCAAUCCGCAUUAUACCAGGGGGAGGAGGAGGACAAAGUCCUGAGGCCCGAGUGGCUCGCUAGUUUCCUCAUGCUUCGCUUCUUGAGCCUACUUGAAAUGGGCUACCACACGGCGAAGUAUGGUAUGGUUUUACAUGAGAGAAUCGGAAGUAUUCAGUUCAGAGUGAAUGGGGAACAUUUUGCGCUGUUUAAGAUCGGAACGGUGUUGCGGACACUAGAACAUCACGACGCUGGACAUACUUUCGGCAAUCUACCGAGAGAGGAACGAGUUGCUGCAUUUCGGGCGUGGAAAGAGAAUGCAUUGAGGAAGAGGGAGGAGCGUGGGUUGCCCGUUUGAUGACCGAAUAGCUGGCUCGCGAGGCUGUGACUCUAUCUGCACAAAACCUCCAUCUGCACAUUGCAACUGCAACGGUAAUCGCCUCGCAGCCAAAAACGCUAAAAGCACCUAGAUGUGUGUGAAUAUACGCGCCUAGGCUAGAUUUCAGCACAAUCGGACCAAAUUGAAGAAGUCAAGCUCAUCAAAUUCACACCUUUACAAGAGGGGUUAUGGGCGAGAGGAACGAUACUGUCGGCCAACUCUUAAUUUCGUACAUAAGAACGCUCAAGUACUAAACAGGACAUAUAAGAGUUUAAAUAGCAACGGUACCUCCGUAAACCCU